GUGCGCGCGGCAGCGGGCGCGCGGCGGCGGCGGCGUUCUGUCGGGGCCCCGCGCCGCCGUCCCAUUCAUGCGGGGCAGCGGCGGCGCGAGCGAGGCGGGCGCGGAGCCCCGGGCGGCGGCGGGUGGAGGCGGGCGCGGCGGCGGAGGAGGCGGAGGCAACGGCAACGGCAGGGGCCCGGCCGGCGGCUCGGUGUGGAAUGCAAUUAUGGCUGGCACGGCGGAGGCGAGCGGGGACCGGAGCCGGCUGACCGGACUGGCCGUGCCCACGAUGCCCUGAAUGCCGAGUGCGGCAGAAGCAGAGGAGACUGUGUCCCGCUAGCUGCUCCUCCCUCCCUCAUCCCUUUAGUUUGGGUUUGUUUCUAUUUAUUUUGUGGCUGGGUUUGGGCAUGGCCUUGGCCAAAUGCGAGGCUGCUGCAAUGUGGCUCCUUUGGCUCAAGCACCACUUGUCCGUCAACGUUUGGACUUUGCUGCUCUUGGGGAGCACCUGGCUACCGCUGGCGGAAGGCAGCCCCAAGUCUCCCUUUAGGACUUUCCCAGUUACAGACUGGAGCUUGACACACUUGGUGGUCCACAACAAAACUGGGGAGGUCUACGUAGGGGCUGUCAAUCGGAUCUACAAGCUCUCCAAUAACCUCACGCUCCUGCGGACCCACGUGACGGGGCCCGUGGAGGACAAUGAGAAGUGUUACCCUCCACCCAGCGUUCAGUCCUGCCCACACGGACUGGUCACCACCAACAACGUGAACAAACUGCUGCUGGUGGACUACUCGGGGAACCGGCUGAUCGCCUGUGGCAGUGCCUCCCAGGGUAUUUGCCAGUUUCUGCGGCUGGAUGACCUCUUCAAGUUGGGUGAGCCCCACCACCGGAAGGAGCACUACCUCUCCAGUGUCAACGAGUCGGGCACCAUGUCUGGGGUGAUCAUCGAGGUGCUGAACGGACAGAACAAGCUCUUCAUUGGGACGCCCAUUGACGGGAAGUCGGAGUACUUCCCCACACUCUCCAGCCGCAAGCUGAUGGCCAAUGAGGAGAAUGCGGAGAUGUUUGGCUUUGUCUACCAGGACGAGUUUGUCUCCUCACAGCUCAAGAUCCCGUCGGAUACGCUCUCCAAGUUUCCCACCUUUGACAUCUACUACAUUUACAGUUUCAGCAGCGAGCAGUUUGUUUACUACCUGACCCUGCAGCUGGACACCCAGCUCACCUCGCCUGACUCCACCGGGGAGCAGUUUUUCACCUCCAAGAUCGUCCGCCUCUGUGUGGAUGACCCCAAGUUCUACUCCUACGUGGAGUUCCCCAUUGGCUGUGUGCAGGACGGCAUCGAGUACCGCCUGAUCCAGGAUGCCUACCUGACCAAGCCUGGCAAGGCUUUGGCCAAGUACCUGGGCAUCUCAGAGGGGGAGGAUAUCCUCUUCACCAUCUUCUCCCAGGGCCAGAAAAACAGAGUUAAGCCUCCCAAGGAGUCUGUGCUCUGCCUCUUCACGUUGAAGAAGAUCAAGGAUAAGAUCAAGGAGCGUAUCCAGUCAUGCUACAGAGGGGAAGGGAAACUCUCACUGCCCUGGCUCUUGAAUAAGGAGUUAGGCUGCAUCAACUCGCCGCUGCAGAUCGAUGACAAUUUCUGUGGACAGGAUUUUAACCAGCCGCUAGGCGGGACUGUCACCAUUGAGGGGACCCCGCUUUUCGUGGAUAAGGAGGAUGGGAUGACUUCGGUGGCUGCCUACGACUACAGAGGACAAACUGUCGUCUUUGCGGGCACACGGAGUGGGAAGAUCAAAAAGAUCCUGGUGGACUUGCCAGCCGAGAGGAAGCACCAAGCACUGCAGUACGAGAACGUCGUGGCCCACGAGGGCAGCUCCAUCCUGCGAGACCUGGUGCUGAGCCCCGACCGCCAGCACAUCUACGCCAUGACCGAGAAACAGGUGACACGGGUGCCGGUGGAGAGCUGUGAGCAGUACGAGAGCUGCGAGCUGUGCCUGGGCUCCCGGGACCCCCACUGCGGCUGGUGCGUCCUCCACAACAUAUGCUCACGGAAGGACCGGUGCGAGCGGGCGGACGAGCCCCAGCGCUUCGCCUCCGUCCUGCGGCAGUGCGUCCAGCUCACCGUCCAGCCGAAGAACAUCUCGGUCACCAUGUCAGAGGUCCCGCUGGUCCUGCAGGCCUGGAACGUCCCAGACCUCUCGGCUGGAGUCAACUGCUCCUUUGAAGACUUCACCGAGUCCGAGAGCCGCAUUGAAGACGGGAAGAUCUACUGCAGCUCUCCCUCUGCCAAGGAUGUCAUCCCCAUCACCAGGGGCCGCGGGGACAAGCGAGUGGUGAAGCUCUACCUGAAAUCUAAGGAGACGGGGAAGAAGUUCGCCUCUGUGGAUUUCGUUUUCUACAACUGCAGUGUCCAUCAGUCCUGCCUGUCCUGCGUGAACGGCUCCUUCCCCUGCCACUGGUGCAAGUACCGCCACAUCUGCACCCACAACGCUGCCGACUGCUCCUUCCUGGAGGGACGUGUCAAGCUCUCCGAGGACUGCCCCCAGAUCCUGCCCUCCACCCAGAUCUACAUCCCCGUGGGCGUGGUGAAACCCAUCACCCUGACGGCCAAGAACCUGCCCCAGCCGCAGUCCGGCCAGCGCAACUACGAGUGCAUCUUCCACAUCCCCGGCAGCACCACCCGCGUCACCGCCCUGCGCUUCAACAGCACCAGCAUCCAGUGCCAGAACACCUCGUAUUUCUAUGAAGGGAAUGACAUCAGCGACCUGCCGGUCAACUUGUCCGUGGUCUGGAAUGGGAACUUCGUCAUUGACAAUCCCCAGAACAUCCAGGCCCACCUGUACAAGUGCUCGGCUCUGCGGGAGAGCUGCGGUCUGUGCCUCAAGGCCGACCCGCGCUUCGAGUGCGGCUGGUGCGUGUUGGAGAAGCGCUGCUCGCUGCGGCAGCACUGCCUGGCCUACGAGAGCAGCUGGAUGCAUGCCAGCAGUGGCAACAGCCGCUGCACCGACCCCAAGAUCACCAAGCUGUUCCCUGAGACUGGCCCCAGGCAAGGAGGGACCCGUCUGACCAUCACCGGCGAGAACCUGGGUCUGAAGUUUGAAGAUGUUCGCUUGGGCGUUCGAGUCGGCAAAGUGAUGUGCAUCCCCAUCGAGAGCGAAUACAUCAGCGCUGAGCAGAUCGUGUGUGAAAUCGGAGAUGCCAGCCCAAGCAAGGUCCAUGAGGCGCGGGUAGAAGUCUGCAUCCGUGACUGCUCGCCCAGCUACCGGGCCACAUCCCCCAAGAGCUUCACCUUCGUGACACCCACUUUCUCCCGUGUGGUCCCUGCCCGGGGUCCUCUCUCUGGCGGCACCUGGAUCGCCAUUGAAGGCAGCCACCUCAAUGCUGGCAGCAACGUCUCCGUGACCAUCGGGGGACGACCCUGUGCUUUUUCAUGGAGAAGCGCCCGCGAGAUCCGGUGCAGGACCCCCCCCGGGCACACCCCCGGCGGCUCUCCCAUCCUCAUCAACAUCAACCGGGCAGAGCUGAGCAACCCGGAGGUGAAGUACAACUACACGGAAGACCCCACCAUCCAGAAGAUCGAUCCCGAGUGGAGCAUCAACAGUGGUGGGACGCUGCUAACGGUGACUGGCACCAACCUGGCCACCAUCAAAGAGCCCAGGAUCCGGGCCAAGUACUGCAGCUCUGAAAGGGAGAACAACUGCACUGUCUACAACGACACCACCAUGGUGUGCUACGCACCCUCCAUCGACAACCCUGUGCGGAGUCCUCCAGAGGUCGGUGACCGCCCAGAUGAGAUCGGCUUUGUCAUGGAUAAUGUUCAGGCCCUGCUGAUCAUCAACACCACCAACUUUGUCUACUACCCAGACCCCGUCUUCGAGCCGCUCAGCCCCACGGGGAUGCUGGAGCUGAAGCCCAGCUCUCCCCUCAUCCUCAAGGGCAGGAACCUGCUCCCGCCAGCUGGGGGUAACUCCCGCCUGAACUACACGGUGCUGAUCGGAGACACUCCCUGCACCCUGACCAUCUCCGAGACCCAGCUCCUCUGCGAGUCCCCCAACCUCACUGGCCAGCACAAAGUUACGAUCAAGGCUGGAGGGUUUGAGUUCUCCCCGGGGACGCUGCAGAUCUACUCAGACAGCCUGCUCACCCUGCCUGCCAUCAUCGGGAUCGGCGGUGGGGGUGGUCUGCUCCUCCUCAUCAUCAUCAUCGUCCUCAUCGCCUACAAGCGCAAGUCCCGGGAUGCUGACCGGACCCUGAAACGCCUCCAGCUGCAGAUGGACAACCUGGAGUCCCGGGUGGCCCUGGAGUGCAAAGAGGCCUUCGCUGAGCUGCAGACUGACAUUAACGAGCUGACCAACGACCUGGAUGGGGCUGGCAUCCCCUUUCUGGAUUACCGCACCUACGCCAUGCGGGUUCUCUUCCCAGGGAUAGAGGACCACCCUGUGCUGAAGGAGAUGGAGGUCCAGGCGAACGUGGAAAAGUCCUUGACCCUCUUUGGGCAGCUCCUGAACAAAAAGCACUUUUUGCUGACCUUCAUCCGCACUCUGGAGGCUCAGCGGAGCUUCUCCAUGCGGGACCGUGGCAACGUGGCUUCCCUUAUCAUGACGGCGCUGCAGGGCGAGAUGGAGUACGCCACGGGUGUGCUGAAGCAGCUCCUCUCUGACCUCAUCGAGAAGAACCUGGAGAGUAAGAACCACCCCAAGCUGCUAUUGCGGAGAACGGAGUCGGUGGCAGAGAAGAUGCUGACAAAUUGGUUCACGUUUCUGCUAUACAAGUUUCUGAAGGAGUGUGCCGGGGAACCGCUUUUCAUGCUCUACUGCGCCAUCAAGCAGCAGAUGGAGAAGGGACCCAUUGAUGCCAUCACAGGAGAGGCUCGCUACUCCCUCAGUGAAGACAAGCUUAUCCGGCAGCAGAUUGACUACAAAAUGCUGACCCUCAACUGCGUGAACCCUGAGAAUGAGAACGCCCCGGAGAUCCCCGUCAAGGUGCUGAACUGCGACACCAUCACGCAGGUGAAAGAGAAGCUGCUGGAUGCCGUCUACAAGGGAGUGCCCUAUUCCCAGCGACCCAAAGCUGGAGACAUGGACCUGGAGUGGCGGCAGGGCAGGAUGGCUCGGAUCAUACUGCAGGACGAAGAUGUCACCACAAAGAUCGACAAUGACUGGAAGAGGCUAAACACCCUGGCCCACUACCAGGUGACGGACGGCUCCUCAGUAGCCCUGGUGCCCAAGCAGAACUCGGCAUACAACAUCUCCAACUCCUCCACCUUCACCAAGUCCCUCAGCAGAUACGAGAGCAUGCUGCGAACAGCCAGCAGCCCUGACAGCCUGCGCUCACGGACCCCCAUGAUCACCCCCGACCUGGAGAGCGGCACCAAGCUCUGGCACCUGGUGAAAAACCACGACCACAUGGACCAGCGGGAGGGUGACCGGGGCAGCAAGAUGGUCUCUGAAAUCUACCUGACCCGCCUGUUAGCCACCAAGGGCACCCUGCAGAAAUUCGUGGAUGACCUGUUUGAGACCAUCUUCAGCACAGCACAUCGUGGGAGCGCGCUGCCCCUCGCAAUCAAAUACAUGUUUGAUUUCCUGGAUGAACAAGCUGAUAAGCAUCAGAUCAACGAUUACGAUGUCAGGCACACCUGGAAGAGUAACUGUCUACCUCUACGUUUUUGGGUGAAUGUGAUUAAGAACCCCCAGUUUGUGUUCGACAUUCACAAGAACAGUAUUACUGAUGCCUGCCUAUCCGUGGUGGCUCAGACAUUCAUGGACUCCUGCUCAACUUCUGAGCACAAGCUAGGAAAAGACUCUCCCUCCAACAAACUACUGUAUGCCAAGGACAUCCCCAACUACAAGAGCUGGGUAGAAAGAUAUUAUGCAGAUAUUGCUAAAAUGCCAGCGAUCAGUGACCAGGACAUGAGCGCGUACCUGGCGGAGCAAUCGCGGUUGCACCUCAGUCAGUUCAACAGUAUGAGUGCGCUGCACGAGAUCUACUCCUACAUCACCAAGUACAAGGAUGAGAUUUUAGCUGCGUUGGAGAAGGACGAGCAGGCCCGGAGGCAGCGACUGAGGAGUAAGCUGGAGCAGGCGAUUGACACAAUGGCCUUAAGCAGCUGAGACGGCGGCAGCGCGGUGCCAGCGUCCCGGGCAGCGGAGGCGGCAGGAGGGAGGGCCGGCCAGCGGCAGCCACGGGCAGAAGAAGACUUUGGGGCUGGGGCCGGCCGGACCCGUGGGAGCCGAUGUGCCUCCGCACGCUUUCCACGAACGAACAAGGAAACCUCGCGCUUUAGCGAAAAAAAAAACCCAACAAAAAAAACCCAAAACAAAUCCCAAUGACAGCAGCAACAUCGAUAAACCCCCCGACACACACACGCAACCCUCCCCCCGAUCCAUCCGGGACGCAGCAGGGACCUUGCAGAGGGGUGAUGCCGGGCGGAGGAGAAGGGGGUCGCCUGCCCCAUGGACCCGCUGGGCAGCCCUUGCCCGGGCAGAGCCCCUGAGCCCGCCAGGAAGGAGGGUUGGGACCGCGGGGCUUGCUUGGAUGGCGUUUGGAUGUUGUUGUUACUUUGGUGGAGGGGGGGUGGGCUCCUAUUUUUACUGUACUUGACUUGCUCUCUCCUCCUUCCCCCCAGCUGGCCACCCCCUCUCCUCCUCCUCCUCCUCUCUCUUUUUCUGUCUCUUCCCCCUUCUCUCUCUCUGGCCUUCUGCCACUAGUGUUAACUGCUAUAUUUGCACAAUUUACAUGAGACAAACAACAUUUUUAAUUUAAAGGAAAAAAAAUUAUAACAAAAAAUGGGAGGGGAAAAAAAAAAGAUUCUAAAUUUUUGCAACAAACUAACAAAAACGGAUUCAAAAAAUAAGCUAAAGGACUGAUGCUGGGGAGAUUUGGGGGUGGGGGCAGUAGGGGUGGGCAGGAAAGGGAGAAAUCCCUGAGCUUUGAUAUUUCUUAAAAUAUGUCCUGUGCCAUGUUUUAUUUGAAUGUUGUUUAGUGCGGAAAAAAAAAUCGAAAAAAAAACCAAAAAAAAAAAAAGGUGGGAGUUUUGUUAGCUGGAUAGUUGCUUUUAUUUAAAUGCUGCUGGAGUGGUGCUGGAGGUCACGAUCAGGGAGGAAGGGUGAUCCCAAGGUUGGUUUUUCUUUUCCCGGGGGAUCACUGAGGGAUGGUUGAUGUUUUGUUGAGCUCAUCCUUGUUUUCUGGUCCGGUGGCCAUGGGGAGGUCUGGGCACCACUGCCCGCGUCUGCCUGUCCCGGGAGCCCGGGGGCGAUGCGGGGGCUUGGGUGCUGUCGGGAGGGCUCGUGGAGAGCCAGCCCGGGUUUUUUUUUUGACAGAUCCCCUCACUCUGGGGCAGCCUUGAUGAAGCCCCUUUAUUUUUUCCCCCCUCAUCAUCUUUUUGUGCUGAUGCAGGGGAAGGGACCGGAUCCCUGGGGAAAGGGGAGGCUGCCCCUCCGCAUCUCCUGACCAGGAUCCUCCCCCCCCGCCCCCGGCAAACCCUGGGGCAUCCAGCCCACAGAGGGACCGGGAUGCUCAGCCGCCUUGCUGUUGCCCGCUCCCCCACCCCGGGAAGCCCAAACAUGUGCAGGACUUUCCACCUGAGACUGACCUUUCUUUCUCUGUCUUUUCCUUCUUUCUCCCCCUUUCUCUCCUUGCUGUCACCCCCUCUCCCCUCUGCCACCUCUGCCCUGCCGGGGGGGGGUUCGCUGGAAACCUGGGGCGUCUCCCUUGGUUACCCCCUUCAAAAUGUCAGAUCCUUGCGGGUUUGUGCUUUCCAGAGAUGAAAAGGUGCCGAAUGCUACCUCGAAUGGCAGCAGGUAACCGAAAACUUCCAAAAAAAUGAGCAAACCCCUUUCCUUUUCUGUACCGAGAGCUCCCGUUGCUGCUCGGGCCACGGCAGACGGGACCAAACUCCCAGGAGCGGGUGGCUGUCGAAAUCCAAGUGGAAAGAAGCCCAGCUGAUUUCUGUCCGUUCCCUUAAAUUGCGAGUUAAGGUGGGGAGAGGGAGAAAUAAUGAAGUUUUUAAUUAAAAAAAAGAAAUAAUAAAAGUGUGUAUAUAUAUAUAUGUGGUUACAAUCUAAUUCUCAUGCCCCAGUGGGGUGCUGUAUAGUUAACUGAAGGAGAAUCGAACCAAUAUAAAUAUGAAAUGAAUUUACACAGCCAGUUAAAACAAAACAAACAACAACUACAAAAAAAAAAAGUUUACCAAAUGGUCUGGAAGAAAUUUCCAAGCCUUUCUCACCAUGUAGAACAAUCGUUUGAAGCCUGCACAUCUCUCAUUAUGUUGUAAUUUUGUUUGGUUUUGUUUUGUUUUAAUAAGGAGGGAAAGGAGAAGAUGCUGAUUAAAAAAAAAAAAAAAACCAACCAAGAACAAAAAACCCAACCACAACAGCAAAAAUAUGUUUGAAAAAGAAGUAAUAAUUGUUUCCCAAACCUACGAACCCCAAGCUGUCGCUGGAUUUCUGAGAGCUGUGGGCUGUUGCAUGACUGUGCUAGAUUUUAGUCUGAGUUGAUCUUUUUAAGAAACAGAAGAAAAAAAAAACCAUAAAACAAAAAAACCUGCAAGUGUUGAAUAUUAGAGGUUUGUUUAGACCUGUUACCUAUUUUUUUUAUUUGAAAUUAAUUUGUCACUUUCUUGUCCAAAAGAAAAAAAACUAAAAGCAAAAAGAAAGACUUCAGAGGUUCACAUCUCAAGUGUGGUACUCUGAGAGCCUUAAAGGACAGCUGUGUGCCCGCCCGCCCCGCGCCGGGACCAUCAUCGCCGGCUGCCAGUGUCUCCCUGGGCACUCUGGUGGGACAAAAUCCUCCUGAGGGGCUUCUCAGGGGGGUCCUUUGCAGAACUCGCUGCUGCCGCGAUAGGGCGGAGGGGUGCCCGCGGCUCCCUUUGGUGCAAGGUUGGCCCAAAGCUUCUUCCUCACACCGCUGCCGUCUGCGCAGCGUUGGCGGAGGUCCUGGAAAUCGCCUGGAGGACAGCGGCCGUGUGUUGGUGGUCAUUGCGAUCCGGUGGAAGGGCAGCGGUUGCUUUGAAGUGUCUAUCCGAAAGUGGCGUGGGUCCUGCCUGUUGCAUUGGUAAGAGUUUUUGGGAGCUUCUGUUGCUGUUGAGGAAGCCAAGCAUGUAGUUUUUGUGGCGAUUGAGAGGGCAUGGUGGGACCCUCCCUCUUGCUGGCCAGAGAGGAUGGAGAUGUGUUUCUAAGAGCAUCCCCCUGAAAAUUCUCUCAUUGGUGAAUGAGGGCUGGAAGCACCGUUAAGAGCAGAGCGUUUAUUAGCCUGUGGCUUUUCCAGCAGCAACGCUGUGGGUGCUCCCUUGGCUGGGCUGGAGAGACAGGCGAGUUUCUUGGCCGUGGUGGGCCUGGGUUGGGUUUGGGCAGCAGAGAGGUUCCUGGGGAACUCGUGCCAGGCAGGCUGGCAGUGCCAUGGCAUGGCUGUGCUCUCUGGGCUCCCCUUGCUGAGACCCUCUUGGGCUGUAGCCUGGCUCUUCCCACCUCAUGAUGAUGCUGAGAGCCCAUGGUGUGGUCCUGGGGAUGAGUUCCCGUUGGCUUCCUCCUGGGGAGCUUUGGGGUGUCUGCGGUUUGCUCCACCAAAGGAUGCCCCCAGCACCUCCCCACCCCUCCGGGGUCCCCUUGCUGCCUCUAACGGGGGGGUGGCAGUCAGUGGGGUGGGCAUUGCAAUGCUGUCCACAGCCUCCGGCGCUUCUUGGUGCUACCUAUGCCUUUCGCGUGAUGCCCAGCGUCCUUAAUCGUGCCAGGCAGCCCGUCCUUCCUCCCUCGCCCCAGCCUGGCAGGGGGCAGAGCCAGGCUGGCAGUCCCCGUCUAGCCCUGCCUAGGAGCAAGGAGAGGUGGGGAGAGGCUGGGAAGCAGUCGCAGGACUCCUCUUACUGGUGGUAUUGCCUGUGCCCCAAAAUGGGGUGAGAUGGAGAAGCACCCCUGCUCUGAGCCUGUGUUUUGGGGAGCUCCCCCUCUGCCCCCCGCUGUCGGAGGCAGCUGGACCCCACGGGCUGCUCCCCGACUGCUGCAGCAAGCGGGUCCCUCCCUGUGCCCCCCCAGCUCACAUUGCCUUUUCUCUUCUGUUUGGGGUUCAAAAAAAUGUACAGUCCAGCCUGGAAGUGUCCCCCAUGCCUGGCCCCGGUGUCCCCCUCCAGCAGGAGCCCCGUGCCACCCCCGGGGCUGGCCCCAGCCUUGGGUCGGGGAGCAGGGGGAUGGGGAGCAGGGUCCCCCCUAGGCUCUCCCGGUCCCGACCAAAGCGCACAAUGAGCUGUCCUUUAAGAAAACAGGGGGAACCUAACGCGGACCUGGCGAAAGGCAGAGAAUUUUAAUAGUUUUAAAAAAUUACAUGGGGAAAAAAAAUAAAAAUCCAGAGUCCUGAUUACCUUUCUGUGAUUGUUUCAGACUUGAAGCAACAGGCCAGUGCGGCUGGUCAAAUGCCCUUUGAUCGUGUAAAUAUCCUGCUAUUUCCUAUUUUAAUGUUCUUCAGAUUUAGUACUUGUAAAUAAACACACGCAUCAAGGAGAGAUUAAACA